GGAAAAGUGUGGAAGCGUGGAAACUAUGGACGGGUAGCUUUAACCGCAUAUUAAUAAAUUGAUCAUCAUCGUGUCGGUUGCUGAACCCCAACUCCUACACCUCUAAUAGGCAUGGAUCCCUCAAGUCAAUCCGGCGUGUGGUGUCACUUACAAAAAGAAAGGCCAAGCCUCCAUUUCUCUUUUCAAUUGAAUUUUCUAUCAAAGUCGCUGCCGUGUGACUACAUGUGUAACCUGUCAACGGUUUAAACCUGGAAUCGAAAACGCAUGUUUAAUUCGUAUCUCCUUUCCAUCCUCACUUUAAGUCACCCCACUACUAGAUAAAACGACGUGCUACAAAUUUCUUCACUCUAGCUUGGCGUUCCUUACAUAUUUGGAGCCCUCUGCCUUCAGUAACCCGAGUGCCAAGAAAAAAAAAACCCAAACCUACUACACCUGUAGCUUCAGCUAUCCACCUACCCGCCGACGUAUCAGCUACACCCUUACAAGCAUCCCGACGAUUUCAUCACUACUACCACACCAACAACGCUAUCGCAGAAGUUAUUUGAACGAAGAAGGUUAGAACAAAAACUUGGGCAUUUUUAGAUAAGGAAAACCAGCAACCCACCAUGAAAGGAUCGACGCCAGCUUUAUUUGCCUACGCCUUCGUAGCCUUGGCUUUCGCAGCACCGAUAAAUACGCUUGAAAAGACCCCGAACCAAUCUGGUAUCGCAUCAACGCACGCACGACAGACAGCACACCAGGUAGAUUUUCUAUCGAGAGCAGCUCUCUUCAUAUCUUCUCUUUCACCUUCACGAAUUUCAAUUGAGAAGCACAGCAAGAUCGUCGUGGCUGAAGAUGGCCAGCGCGUUCAAUUGCCAGAAAACCUCACCGGGGCCAAAUCCUGGGAAACUCCUCACGUACUCGCUUUUCUAACAUCAUUCACCCACCCGAAGAAGCAAUCACCUUUCCCCGAGUCAAGCAUCAUAAGGGAGGAGACUCGCGGAAAUAUGAUGGAAGCCGAGCCUCAGGAAACCAUUGUGGAGCUUGAAACUAAGGCAGAGCGCGAGUCAUGGACUUAUCUUCCCUAUGUCUCCCAAGAUAAGGUUUUGCGUUUCCGCUGCGUACGUAAGGCCGCGGACACGAUGAUGUUUGCACUUCCCUUUGCUGCCUUCAUCAUGGUCCUCGCGGCUAUGCUUUUGAAUGCGAUGCGACACAGGACUCAUGAUCUUCGGAGAUGUAAGAUGGGACAGAUCCGCCUUGACGAUAAAGAGAUGGCAUUUCCUGAUUCCCCUGAAGGCAAAACCACAUAUGACUACCGACGAUAAGAGUCAAACAAUAUGAGGACUAGUGGGAUUGCUUUCUUUUGUUUUAU